AUGUCGCAUCUCGGCGUUCUACUCUUACUUCUACUUGCUAGAGAAUCGACGGCAUGUCUGCCAACAGGGUUAGGAGGAAUAUUCGGAGGCGGCGGGGGAAGUGGUUGCUCAAGUAGUCCCGGAGGAUGUGGAGGUGGUGCAGCCGCACCACCUGCACAGUAUGCAGCACCAAUGCCACCACCGAUGUAUGCCUUCACACCGCAGGUCUACAGUCAACCGCCUCCACCACCGCCACCACCGCCACCGCCAAUGGUGGCCCCAUCUCGACAGAUCCCCUCUGCUGUAGUCAUACCAGUUUCCGUUGCAUCUUCAUAUCAGGGAAUGUAUCAAGACCGCCCACAAGCGCCAUCGAUAAAUCCGGAUUAUCAGGGAACUGCUCCGUUGAGUUUUGCGGGCGAAAUCGCGUCAUCCGAAGACGCCGCGAAUACCGUAAUCGAUCCGUUAAAGUAUAUCGAACACGUCUCCGUAUCUCAUACCCCAUCGAUUCAAGUUCCCGCCCAGGAGGCCUAUCAACAGCCGCCGGCGGACCCAUUCGAAAGUAUUAACGCCCCGGAUCAGACACCUCAACCGGCGCCGGCGGUUAAGCAACAAAUUCAGGUGGCACCCAGUUCUGCAGCGACAGAAGACACGUACCUUCCAGGACCGCCUGAGAAGGAGACGACAAACGCCACACGCUCAUUGAGCACUUAUUAUAAUCAGAUGUGCACCGGAGAGAAAAUCACUGUUGGAGAGAAAGAGACGAUUAGCUCGGCGACGAAAAAAUGUGAAUUAUUGAAAUGUGUCGCCGCGAACGCUCAACCGGAUAGUCAUGGAAGUUAUACGGUAACCUAUCUAAGCACCGCGUCGAGCCGUUCGAAUAGCAAAGGCAACUAUUGUCUUUCGAUGAAAGAGUUGCCAGUGAAGAGCAAGAGAGUCAUUCGGAAAUUCGAUGAGAUGAUGACAAGCGAAGAAUCGACGAAUGCAGUGAGAAGGAAGAUAUUUAAACUUUAA